GGUGGGGGCCCACAAUGGCUAUCUGUACAUCAGAUUUCAUCGAAUCUUUUCAUAUAUGAUUUCUUCUAUGCACAGAAACUUGCAACCUGUGCGAAGAACUAUUUGAAAAAGUAUACGAAUGUCCAUGGUGUCUCGACUUCCUUUAGAAAUCUCACUUGCCUCGAAUUCCAUCGUGUGGUACGGUGAUGAUAUCCAGUGCAUGGCGUUGAUGCAAUAGUUGAUGCUAUGGCGGCUUCCAAUAGAUCAUCCUUAUAUUAUGGUGAUAUGAGCAACGAGUUCUAUUAUCCGUGUUUUGACGAUUAUCAAAAUGAUCUCAAUGAAUCUCUGGACUUUAAUCAUGUCCCAUCUGCGGAGUUCUACCUUGGCCCUGAAAUGUUCUUGAUUCCUCAGAUGCCUGAUCAAGAACCCCAUAUAUCUCAACAUGGACUUACUGGUAUCACACCAAUUUACGAAUCAUUUCAACGUUUGCCACCUGCUUCUGGACCCACUAGUACUAAAGCCGACAACCAAGAGCAAUUUCUGUCCAGGUCACUUGGCGAAAUUUACGGGCAAAUACCCACAGAGUGUCGUGAAAACUCAGAAGAUUUGCCAAAUUCAUACCCAGUUGAAGAGACGCAUCAUGAAAAUGAUAGCAAUGAAAAUGUACAGUGUUCCCGCAAGAAACGGAGACCUUCUCAAGACAAAAAGAAACGAACACCAAAUAUACCACAAUCAAAUGUAUUCAGACUAGAUUUAAGGAUACCAUCAAUUUCUUCGGCAGGACCGCAACCCAUAGCGUCACAAGAAUCUUUGAGCUCAGUUUUCGAGGUCAACAUGAAUCAGCCACCAAAGCGCAAAGCUCGGAGUGCCUUUACACCACAAGGAAAGAAAAAGGUGGAAGCGGUUAGGAGUGUUGGUGCUUGUAUUCAAUGCAAAUUCAGAAAACGAACUUGCGGGACAAACAAGCCUUGUGUUUUGUGCAUUCGACGUGCUGGUAGCGUGGAGUCUGCGGCAUCUUUAUGUACUAGAGAAUCGCCAUUUGUGGAACUGUCAAUAAGUGAAUUCUACUCUAGAAAACUACUCCCACUCAUAACCGAUUUCGAUGUUGAGUUCCCAGACGUGAAAAGUCAACAUAAAGCCAUCAAGAUUGACGGAAAAGGCCCUGUCUCUUUCCCUUUGUAUCUCGAAGUUAUAGAGAUACAAUCGUCGUUCUUGGCUGAUAACUUAUUAAAGGAAGUCGGUCGAAUAACUAGACUUGGCUCCGGGGUUUCAUACCCGCAUAGUCCCAGUCCAGACCAGUUAAAAAUCAUCACUGUUCUUGAUUCAAAACUCUUCUCAUCUAAAAAGCUUGAAGAAUGGGUCAUGAGGUACACCGAAGGGAAUAAAAUCGAUAAUGUUAAUUCCACCUCUUUUCUGUUCGGGGUAGUAUAUGCCAAGGAGAAGCUGCCUCAUGCAGAUCUAGUAGAGAAUACAACAAAGAUUAUAGCAUUUAGCUAUAUGCUCUGCAAAGGAUUGAGGAUCACAACGCCUAUGGGCCAACAAGAUAUAGCUGCCCGAUACCCCGUACUACGCGCACAGCUCGAGACAAAACUGUUCAAUCUUCUUCGCCAAACUGAGAAGCUUGUUUACGAUGAGCUUCAACGUCUAGUCUUCAAAUCUUCUGGACAGUUGCCGAAGGAUGCGGUUGUUCCAGUGGCACUAGUACUUUGGUUACUUACCCGAUUGCAAAGUUUGAAAGCGAGCCAUAUCAUCAGUUUGAGUGAAGGGAACAGUUCUCAAUCCUCGGGAACGUCAUUAGCGGUUGCAUCCCAUCAAAAGCAUGUUCUUAACCUCCUCAUAAGCGUUUUUACCGCCCUGUUUAGAUCAUCUUUCCCAUUACUUAUCAACUUCGAAGACAAAUGCAACAGAGAUCUACUGGGGGGAAACGAGGAUUUGAUACAGCUAUCCAAGAAACUGAGGAGAGAUCUGAUAGCGUUCAAAAGAAGCGACUAUCUCAAAGCUUGGACGUGGAACCAAGGGUUCUUGAAAGAGCAAGUGGGUAGAUUGAAAGACAUAUUGACUGAGUAGAUCUCGAGUGACUCGGAGAAUAGAUCUGGAAAGGACUUGUAACGAAUUGUAAGAUAUUUGGAGGAUGGAUAAUAUUUGGGGGCGAUUCCUUUUCGAUUUGCUGGAUAAGGUCUAUACAAGGCAAUGAAUGACUGACGUGAAAAGGGAUAAGAGGAUGACGUUGAGAAUUUAAAAAUAUUAGGGGUAUAUGGCGCAGUCUAGAAUUACGUGAGACACUUGGGAUGACUUAGUACAAUCAGAUUUGCUUUUCAGGCAACACCAUUCAAGGAUUGAUGGUUGAUGCAGCCACAUUCUAAGUCAAGAAUCAUCUA